GCGUCGUGGUAAUCGUACAAGUAGGAUCGUCCGCGUUAAGUGAUGUUAAAAAGGCGCGCGCGCAGCAACGCGAUAUAAAUUCGAAAAGUUUGUGUUUGUGUCGGAUAUAAUAACAAAAAUUUGAAAUAUCAUAGAUUGUCGAAAUGAGCGAGUUCAAAAGGAGCCCUAGCAAAGUAUGGUGGGGCAACGACACCGAUCUUGAUCGCAUAAACGCGUCUUCCAGUCCAGGCAGCCAGGAUUCUGGCUUCUCCGACAGCGAGAUACACAACCAGAGCAACCGUAAAAGCACACCUAAAGGCACCCUAGCCCAAAGGAUACCGAAGGAAAUAUUCAAAGAGUUAUCCAGCGCCAAAAACGGCCUCAACCUAUCGAGCAACUACAAGGAAAAAACCACCCCAACCAAAUCCUCCCCAAUAUUAUCCAAACCCAAACAGAAAGAACCCAGCCAUUCCGACCCCAUCAGAAAAAACCGCUUCGUCAAACAUUCUCCCAAAGUGAGCAGAAGCCUUUUCACACGUAAGACUUAUUCAAACGAACUGGUGACUAAUCAGUAUUCAGACAGCGACACCGACUACACAAAACAUUCUUUAACCACCGAUUCCAGCAAUGACGAUAGUAAUUGUUCGUCAUUGUGCGAUACUUCUCUAUCGGAGGAGUGCGAGGUUCUCGAAGUCAAAUCCUUGCAGGAAGCUGCUUCGGAGAGGGAGUUCUGCCUCGAGGGUUUCCUGAACAAGAGCGCUCCUCCCUUGCUGGGGGGUUACAGUGACGAUGAGGGGGUGACAGCAUUCAACGAGAGUUACAGUGACAGCGAGUGCGAGAAGGAACUGGAGGAUUUGUUCGAUGAUUUGGAUUCCCCAAAGCACACCUCAACUCCAAAGGCCUGCGCUGGAAUGGAGAGGGUGAAGAGGGGUGGUCUGCACAUGAACCUGCUGCUGAAGUUCCAAAGGGAAAGAGUGCCUCCAACUCAUAUCGAAGAUUCAACAGACGACAAAGCCGUUAAAUUAUGGUUACAGGAGAACAAGUCUAAAUACGACACAGAAUGUAUGAUAAGUCUUCAGAGCAAGUCCAUAGCAGCAGAACUCAACGAAAAAGUAGCCUACAUGGCUAAUUCCCUAACCGCCAAGUUCAGGGAGAUGCUGAGGCUAUCCAACCAUAUUGAAUCAGAAUGGAGGACACUGAACAGUGGUGAAGAUCUGACGAGUUGCGAAACAGAAGGCCUGGUCAACAGCAUCAUGUACUUCCUGAAGACCUACAACAGAGACCUCUACGAGGGUGUCUCAAGGAAAAGGGAAGAUUUCAAAGUUACGGACCAGUCGAUACUCGUGAAAAACCUCAACCAAUUGUACAACGUUUGGAAUUCUCUACACCAAGACUUAUGCACCGAAUCAGUGAAGCAAUUGCUGACGAAACUGGAGUACCCGGUGUCUGAGAUGGAUUUAAAAGCGACCGUCAGCGCAAUAACGAUGGUAGCAUUGAGCGAAGAACGAUUGAUGGAAGAAUUCAUCAAGUACGACGCUGUACCAAUGCUGCUGAUCCACUGCGAGAAAUGUGAGGGAUCUUCCACCAGAUGUCUGAUUUUACGCGCCCUAUCUACCAUGUGCUGCAUAGCCCCUGCUGUGAGACAGUUCGAGAAAUUCUCCGGGAUACAGCUGAUAACAGAUAUCUUAGAAGAAGAUUCCAGACCAGAGCCAGAACAUUCAGAAGCUGUGACUCUCUUAGCGCAAAUAACAGCGCCUUGGGUAGAAGACAAUUACAGUAUCAGAGGCCUGCCUGAAUACACCAGAAGAUUGGUCAAAUCCUUAACCAAAUUCUUAAAGACCACCAAAUGCUGCCAAAACCUUCUUCUGUGCAUAGCUGCCUUGGCCAAUGUCAGCGCCAUGGACGCUGCAACCACCAUCAAGUACAUAAUGAACGAAAACUGUGUCAGUGAGAUUCUGAAGACAAUACAAAGACGCAACGACAUAUCCGUGUAUGUCUUGGAACAAGUGGCUUCUUUGAUAGCCAACGUUUCAGCCAUUGAAGCGACAAGAAGCGCUCUUAUCGAUAUAAGGGCUCCGGUGGCUCUCGUGUGUUUUUUACAAGUGAAAAACGUGGAUGAGACAAUCGAGAAAAGACUGCAGCAGAAGGUGAUGAUCGCUUUGUCUAGACUGUGCGGGGAUCAAAGGGCAGCAGAACAAAUCGUUGAGGUGGGUGGCGUGAACAGAUUGGUGAAAUUGUGUAGGGAGAAAGAUGAUAGGUUCAACAGUGACGCAGUUUUGGUUGCAGCCUUGGCCUCACUUCGAAAGAUAGUGGAAACAUGCGGCAAAGAAGUCAUAAGCAGCCAAGAUUCUCAAGAACUAGUCGAACCCAAGUUGCUGGACUCCUUCCUGGCCUAUUCCAAUCAGAAUGAAAGCUAUGUCUGAUAUCAAACUAAUCUCAAGCAGCUCAAGUACAGCAGACUGAUCCAUUACAGAUUCUUGUUGAAGUGGAUGGCUUUAACAUGCGAAUGAACGCUGGUACUUGAGAAUAAUCAUCAAUUGAAGUACUAACUAUAUAUUUUCGGACUGUUUAGCACAUAAGCCAUGUACUUUUUGUGAUCCAAAUAAUUUGAUGUAUUCUUGCGUAACCACGUGGGAAUUUAGACGAUAUAUUGAAUUUACAAUUGCCAUUUACAUUUUUCCAUCAUAAAAUGGUGCCUACUUAUAGUAAUUACGAAAAUAAUGAAUGAAUUGACUUCUUCGAAUUGUUUGAACUUAUACGUAUAUAUCGCGAGAAAUGAGCAUGAGUGUUUUUGUUUAAGUAUUUUAUUUUUGUUAUGUAUAUUUAUAUUUUAUUUAUUUUGUAGUUAUGUUUUAAUAACUCAAUAAAAAAUUUAUUUGA